AUGACACAAAGCCUCAGCGGCGCAGCCCUCAUUUGGAGGGCUAUCUUUACCAACGGCGUCAACAAGCCCUUCCUAAACUUCAUAUUGAACGAUCUGCCCGAAUUGGGCCAGUGGUUAUACGACCUCGUCAAACCUGGAAGCGCCUUGGGUAGAUUUCCGGCCACUGACGGUGCGACCAAAACCCCAGAUGCCGAGUUCCCAGGCAUGGACAAUCCGUACAAUGAACUCGUCUUACAGCUACCGGAGAACAGAAAUGUUGUGGUUUCCCAAGCACAGAGAGUAGCUUUGACCAUUGUUGCCAUUCUGAAGAUGGGCAGAGGCAAAAUGCCAAACAGGCUCGACGACCUUCAACUAAACGCCAGUCUACGCAGCGACUUUGAUGCAAAUGCCAACCCUCCAUCGCCAACAGAAGUCACAGGAGUAUACAACAGAAGCGACGGCAUCCUCUGGAACUUUAUCGAGUGUUGCGGUGAACGCAGGGCCGCUGAGCCAAAUACUCUUAUCGAAAACACGCAGAGUAGCAAGGCUGGUCAGAAGGCCCUCGAGCAAGAGCCUAGGGGUGCUUUAUGGCCCGCCGCUGCGCUACAGACGCUGGUAACAGAGAUUCCGAAAGGCUCCCCUCAGAGACGAAUCAUUAAGGAAAGGCUAAGAAUAUUCACCUUUGGGAACCCAAGUGUCGACUGGAAGGUGAAAAAUGGGACAGAACACCCUUUGAGCAAAUACGUCAACACUACAGAGCAUUUUGCGAACGAGGCCGACUUUGUGGCCAUGCUAGGCGUUGUGAUGCACCGCGACGACUAG